CAGCUGACGCUGGACCCCAACACAGCAAACAGACACCUGUCUCUGUCAGAGGGGAACAGGAAGGUGACACGGGGGGCAGAGCAGCCAUAUCCUGAUCAUCCAGAGAGAUUUGACUGCUGCCCCCAAGUUCUGUGCAGAGAGAGUCUGACUGGUCGCUGUUACUGGGAGGCUGAGUGGAGUGGAAAUGGAGCCUGGAUAGGAGUGACUUAUAAAGGAAUCGGGAGGAAAGGAAACAGUGCUGACUGUUGGCUUGGAUACAUUGACAAGUCAUGGAUGCUGUUGUUCUCUCCUGACAGUUACUCUGUCCGGCACAAUAAUAAAUGGACUGUCAUACCCAUAAAACCCUCAGACUCCCGCAGAGUAGGAGUGUAUCUGGACUGGGCGGCUGGUACUUUGUCCUUCUACAGAGUCUCCUCUGAUGGACUGACCCUCCUGUACAGCUUCACCUCCUCAUUCACUGAACCCCUCUGUCCAGGGUUUUGGGUUUAUACAAACACCUCCGUGUCUCUGUGCAUGCUGGGAUAGCUCACUGUGUGCUGGAGGAAUCAUUUUUACCUUAUCAGAGUGUCACAUGUCGCUGCUUCUCCGUGGCAAAAAGGUAAAAUCUGCUUUUUAACCAGUAUAACCCUUUUUACUCUGUCUGAAGUGUGACAUACAUUAGAUUAAAAUAAACGACUGGGUUCGGCAAGCUGCACAAACGUAAAAUAAGUGUAUUUGUUUCUGAUUAAAAUGUAAUGAAAUGUAA